AUGGCAGACAACUACGAUAUUGAGGGCCAGGCUCAGCAAAUCCCCCCUAAAGAAGCAGACAACUUUGAUGCAGAAAGCCAUGCUCGUCUCGUUUCCGACAGCCCUGCUCAGGUCCGCAUCACCCUCCGCCCAAUCGCUCCUCCCGCAGCCCUCGGGCUGGCCGGCUUUGCAGGCUCGACGCUGAUUGUCAGCACCUGGGUGUGUCGAUGGUGGGGGAAUCCUGACAGCCCUCUUCUCUUCUUCCCUUUCAUCGGACUUUGGGGUGGCCUGGCUCAGUUUAUUGCUGGGCUCUAUGGGUUUGCAGCGCGAGACGUCUUGGUCACCGUCGUCAACACCAUGUGGGGGUCGUUUUGGAUGGCCCUGGGAAUUCUAUACGCUUUCGUAGCGGCCGGAUCGAUCGAGGGCCACAGCAUCUACACUCACUAUCCCGAGUUCGCGGUCUGGUUCAUUCCACUCACCAUGACCACCUGGGUCUGCGCAAUUGCAGCCACUGCUCGUGACGUGGUCCUUUCACUGACCUUGUUCACUCUUUCCAUCGGCUGUACCAUCGCCCUCACACUUUUUGCCCACGACGAAGCCGCCACGCGUGCCGGCAUCAAGGUUGCCGCCUACUUCUGGAUGAUGUCCGCCUUUCUGGCCUGGUGGCGGUCCUCAGUAUUUAUCAUAGAGUGA